AUGCUCCGCGUCGGUCCCUCCAAGCGCCUCUUCGCUGCCCACGAAUCCAUCCUCAGCUCAUCUCCCUUCUUCGCAUCGCGCUGUCGCAGUUUCAGCUCGCGCACCCGGGCACCGCCGCACCACCCGCCUGCGAGACGGAUCGAUCUGCCCGAUGAGCAGCCGGAGGUAUUUGCAUGUGUGCUGGAGUAUCUGUACAAAGGAGAUUAUUCCCCGCGGUUGAGACGGGACCAGGAGAAGGGGUGCUGGGUGUUGGAGGGGGGGAAAGAUGAUGACGGCCCUAAGGGGGAGGGGGAGGGAGGAAGUAGUGCGGAUGAUCAUGGGGCGACGAUAUUCUGUGCUGAGGUUGAAGGGUUGAUUUUGCGAGAUACGGCUGUCUAG